CAGCCAAAACUCAACCGGGGCGGCCCGGACAUCGCCGAGUCCCCUAGCGAGACGAAGCGGUACAGAGUACCAACUAGCAAAGCCCUCUGAUGCAAACAGAUGGGAGCUACCACUAGGAAGCCUUGCCAGACCUGGGCAUCUGAUGAGAAAGUUUUUCUGGGUGGUUUACCAAAUCCAAGUUUCGAUCAUCUGACAGAGCCUGUUGACACACCAGAAUUUCACAAACUUUACAGAGUUAUCCCAGUCAGCAACAUCCAUCUGUUGAACAUUACUUGGACCCUGCCCCCACAAGAGAAAAAUUACAGUGUGGUGCUUCUAGACACUUUUGUAAGCAUCCUCUCUCUGAAUCUGUCAGAACCAGCAUACGGAGCUGAUAUUGCUAAACUGGAGUACAAACUGGUGGCUGGAGAGCAUGGUUUGGUCAUUAGAGUGAAAGGAUUAAAUCGUAAGAUACCUAUGCUUGCAUUUCUUCUGUCAGCAGCACCUGUGUGUAUGCACUUGGAGGUUAACGGUCCUUGUUAGAGGAUUAUCAAGUCUUCUGCUGCUGUGAUAAAUUGCUGUUUCCGGUGGUCAUCUCAGAAUCUAUCAGGAUGGAUGUGGUGGAAGGUAAGUGAAAACUUGGGGUGGCAAUCGUAGCUUCUGGUACAGCUUUGAG